AUGAAGUGGUGGGACGAUUUGUGGCUGAACGAAGGUUUCGCUUCCAUGAUUGGUCUCAAGGCGAACGACAUCAUCGACAAUUCACCAUUGAGCCGAGAUGAAUUGUCUGUGGACAUCGCCAGAGCGAUGCGCAACGACCAGAUGCCAAAUAGCGUGCCGGUCUCGAGAAGAGAUGAAGGAUUCGAUCCAGAAACAGCGUUCUCCUCAAACACGUAUAAGAAGGCCACGCUAAUCAUGUUGAUGGUCGAACGCAUUGUUGGUGAAGAGACUUUCCGUGAUGGUCUGCGCCUGUUCCUCAACAAGUUCAUGUACAAAAAUGUGGAUCACACAGAUCUGCUCGCGGUACUUGCAAGAGUCCAUGGUCGCCUCAAACAGUGGUGGAUGCUAGCGGGUGGUCCAGGAAUUUUCACAAUUGACAGAAUUCUACAUGUGAAAAAACGAAACGAUGGAAAAGUUCAAGUCACGCAGGAGAUUUAUAGGCACGUUCCCGGUCAUAAACGAAGUGGAGUGCAGUGGAAAAUUCCGCUUUUCCUUCGAGAUCCGCUCACACUGAAACCGACAGUGCACUGGCUGAUAGAGAAUAACACAGCAAUAAUUGACCUGGGCACUGACAUCGUGCUGGAUCGAGAAGGACGCAAUUUUGUACGGGUGCGAUAUGACACGGCCUUAUACCUCGAAAUUACGGCACGACUUCAUGCAGACGCCAACUGCAUACCAGUUGCGGCAAGGACUCGUCUCAUGGAUGACUCCUUCACUUUGGCCGAAAUCGGGAAUCUCUCCUAUGUUCACGCACUAAACAUCUCGGUUUAUCUCAGAAAAGAGAGAGCAUACCCACCAGUUAAGAUGUUACACGCUCAUCUGGAUUUUCUCGUCUCACGUCUCACAGGCCAUCCACAAUUCCGAAUAUUCCAG